GGCUGCUGCCCCCGAUAACGCUGCCCCCCGGCCGAGCUGGGGCCCGGGGGCUGCCAGUCGGAGCCGGACGCCCUGCGGAGCAGACACAGACAGCCCCAGUGUCGCGAUGAGCCGCUCCCCGCUGACCUUCCUCCUCGUCCUCGGCCUCCUCGGGGGCUGCGCCGGCAAGCUGGCGGUGGAGACGGACGCCUCCCCGGUGCGAGCCAAGGUGGGGGACGACGUGGUGCUGAAGUGCCAGUUCUCCGUGGCGCGGCCCCCCGUGGACCUGAGCCAGCUGGUGGUGCAGUGGUUCCACCGGGGCGGGCAGCUGGUGGAGUUCGACACCGUGGUGAGCGGGAGCCGGCCGGGCGCCAACCUGAGCGUGGAGGGGCUGCGGAGCGGCAACGCCGCGCUCUACCUGAGCAAGGUGACCCCGGAGAGCGCCGGCAACUACCGCUGCUACGUCACCUACGCGCCCGACGUGCGCAUCAAACAGGUCGUCCUCCAGGUCGAGGACCCCUCGAAGCCGCCCGCGGAGGAGCCGGAGGCCGUGGCCCCUCACGCCUGCGCCCCCGACCCCGACCCCCUGGUGCUGAGGAAGCUGGACCAGGUGCUGAGCAUCCUGCAGCAGCUCAGCCGCAAGCUGGGCGCGGCGGGUGCCGGGGCUGGGGGGGAGGCCUGAGCCCAGCCCCGACCCCAGGGGACACCCGGGCUGCUCGGGGAUGAUCUCGGCGCUGUGGGGGCAUCUAUGGGGCCAGCUGGAGGGGGGGAAUGGAGAGAGCAGCAGGGGAGGCAUCGCGGAGCGAAAGAGCCAGGGAGCUGCUGGGACAGGAUCGGGGCCGGGGGGGCAGAGGGGGUGGGGGCUACACAUUGGGGGAGGGGGAGGGGGCUUUGCUUGGUGCUGCAUGUGGGGGGAUGUGGCAGGCGGCUGUGCACUGGGGGGGAUGCUGUGGGGGGCUGUGCAUUGGGGGAAAGGGGGUUCAGCUUUAGGGGGUCCCAUUGGGCCGCACCGGGAUGCAGGUUGUGAGCUGUUGUCUGAAUAAAGCCCGUGGUGAUGCA